GUGGAAAAAACAAAAAUCAGCUGAUGCUUUUAUGAGAAGUUUUAUUUUCGGUCAAAGUGAAAUUUAAAUGACAUAAAUUAAACCGGAGUUUGGCGCGGAGUUCACGGUGCUCAUGCCCGGUGAGUGAGGCUCGGAUCAGCGGCUCAGCGGCCGCGUCACAGCCGCCAGAGAGCUGCUGUCAGCGGGAUCUCAGCGAACUGUGACCCCGGGACUCUGGACUCUCCCGCCCUCUGUCUCCGUGUGUCUCUGUGUCUCUGUCUCUGCGUGUCCAGAGAUGAUGAAGCGGAGACUCCUGCUGGUGUCCAACUCCACACUGCACGGCAGCGGGUAUCUGGAUCACUGUCAGCUCAACAUCACGCAGUUCUUCGGAAAAGAUGUGAAGAGAGUUCUGUUUGUCCCGUACGCUCUCCAUGACCGAGACGGCUACGCCAAGACCGCCAGCGACAGGUUCAAGACUCUCUGUUAUGAGGUCGACAGCAUCCACGAGGCCCCGGACCCCGUCGACGCCGUCCGGAAGGCUGAAGGCAUUUUUAUAGGCGGAGGAAACACUUUCCGGCUGCUCAAGAGUCUCUAUGACAGCAAGGUGGUGACGGAGAUCAGGAGGAGGGUGCUCGAGGACGGCGUCCCCUACAUGGGCUCCAGCGCCGGCACCAACGUGGCGACCAUCAGCAUCAACACCACCAACGACAUGCCCAUCGUCUACCCUCCGUCCUUCUCCGCCAUCGGCCUCGUCCCCUUCAACAUCAACCCGCACUUCCUGGACACCGACCCCAAAAGCCGCCACAUGGGGGAGACCAGAGAGCAGAGGAUCGCCCAGUACCACGAAGAACCCGACACGCCCCGUGUGCUGGUGAGGAAAGACCCCCCCACCCCC